UAGUUGAAGGGUAUAAAAGCUUCGAGCCAAAAGAGAAUUGAAAUUGAAGAGAAGACACUGACAAAACCUGACUGCGCAGCCUGUGCGCCUGGGAGCUCAGCCUCAGACCCAAAGACAUCUGCUUGAAGAUUUGAGCUGCCGCAAGACCCACCCACCGGCCCCAUGCUGGGCUCUCCCUGUCUUCUGUGGCUCCUGGCUGUCACCUUCUCCUUGGUUCCCGGAACGCAGUCCUUGGCCCCUCAAGACCUUAAGGAAGAGGACAAAGAUGAGACACCCCGGCCACGGCCUCCUUUGCGGGCCGUCCCCUGUGACUAUGACCAUUGUCGUCACCUGCAGGUGCCGUGCAAGGAGCUGCAGAAGGCUGGACCCAGGGCCUGCCUGUGCCCUGGGCUCUCCAGCCCCACGCAGCCGCCUGACCCUCCGCGCCUGGGAGAGGUGCACGUGGUGGCCGAGGAUGGCAGCGCAGUGGUGCACUGGUGCGCCCCCUUCUCUCCGGUCCACCAAUACUGGCUGCUGCUAUGGGAGGGCAACGAGGCUCCCCAGAAGGGUCCCCCCCUCAACUCUACUGUCCGCAGAGCAGAAGUGAAGGGCCUGAAGUCCGGGGGCGCUUACGUCGUUUGCGUGGUGGCUGCAAAUGGGGCUGGAGAAAGCAGCGUGCCGCAGGCAGCGGGGGAGGGCCUCGAGGAGGUGGGUGGCCCUCCCUUCGGGCCCUGCAGGAGGCUGGCCGUGCCCCCCAGACCGCUUACCCUGGUCCACGUGGCUAUCGGGGUGGGCACAGUGCUGGCCCUGCUGAGCUGCUCUGCUCUGGUCUGGCAUUUCUGUCUGCGAGAGCGCUGGGGCUGCCCCCGCCGCCGGGUGGCCUCCCGACCCACAGCAGGGCUCUGAAGCAGCCUGGGGGGCCUCUCAGGCCCAGCGGAGCCCAGGCUUAGGGAGCAGAGCUCGGCCUGGACUCCCUGGGAGGAGGCGGUUCCCACUGCUGCCCUGAGCAGCCUGGACAGCAGAGUCGGGGUGGCCAGGCACUUGGGCCCCAGCUGAGUCUCAGUGCUCAACCUGAGAGCUUGUUCAGGUCCCAGACUUUCUGUCCUGCUCUAGGCCGAGGUUUGGAACGGAGCAGAAGGCAUUGGGAACUUUUUACUUAAAGGACCAGAUAGUAAAUGAUUUAGGCUUUGCAGGUCCAGAGGACCAAAGCAAAGGUAUUGCAUAGGUACUUCCUUAGCCUUGCGACAGUGUAAAAAUGGAGAAACCAUUCUUAGCUCAUGGGUCUGAGGAAUCAGGCCCCAGCCACAUUAGACCUGUUGGCUGUAGUUAGCCGAUCGCAACCCCUGUCAUACACCCUCAAAAGGGCUCUGGCGCAUUGGUGGCCUCAAUGGGAUUUUGAGAACAAGCUGCUGCAGGAUGGGAGUUUGGGGCAAGGCUAUUCCCGCUGUUGCCUUUUGUUUAGAUAUCAAAGAUGGGCACACCGGGGUCAGAAUUCACCUGUGUCUGAAGUGGGUGAAAAUGAAUGGCUGACACGGGAUGGAAAGAGGGACCUGCCUGAGCUGUUGUCUGGGACCCCCAAAUCCAAGGGAUGUCCCCCACUUCCCCUCAAUUUGUGUUUAUUGCACAUCCACUGUACCAACAUUAAAGGAUAUGUUAAAGGAA